AAUGCAACAGGUUGUCGUGGAGGAUUUUUUUCCCCUCUUUUUUGUGACUGGCAGCGUCUUGAGUGAGCUCUACAUCCUCUUCCGAAGAGAACAGCUUACAAACCGAUGUCGAGAAAGUGAGGCUGUAGAGGAGCCUGGUCGCGUCCCUGGUCGCCGUUGUGUGAAGACUGGAGCAGCCUCGUUUAUCUGUGAACCACUAUGAGCUCCUUGUCCGCAGACAGAAAGGCUCCUCUGGACUACGGUGUGCAGAUCCGCUUCAUCAAAGACUUGGAUGACACAGGUGGAGGCUAUGCAGAGAGGAGUCGAGGGUCUGGAGGAGCCGGUGGCACUGGAGGUGGUGGAACACCUCCAUCCAAUAAGUAUGGAGUUGCAGUGAGAGUUCAGGGCAUUUCGGGGCAGCCUUAUGUGGUACUAAAGGAUGGGGAGAAGGGUGACUCCUAUGGGGUACAGUUGAAAACCCAACCCCAGGCACAGACCUCAACCCCUGGACAUUCUUCCAGUUUUGGCAGCCUGCCUCGUACUCCGAGAGAUGGGGCUCAGACUCCUAACCCUUAUGGCCCAAUAGGGCAACCAAGCUCACCAGAGGAAGAGGCUGUUGAAUUUGGAAGUCCCUUGAGGAGACCACCUGGUGAUGGACAGGCAGGGAGUCAAGGAGAGGUGGAGGGAGCAACUGCACAACGUCCCGUCUCGGCUCCUCCGGCCAGCACCUUGGAGAAGAAAGACUUUGGAGAACUUAAUGAGGCUGGGCUUAGGCGGGUUGGGCUGAAUGGUGGCGGUACAGCUAUGAAUGGUGCAGGGUUGAAUGGACCUCUGAGUGGGAAAAAAGGGACUACCUUCUCAGAGUCUUUCCCAGAUCCUCCUAAACCAGUCACCGUUAAGGAAGAGCCAGUCGAAGCCAUUGACACCAAAUCUUUAGCUCCUAUUAAUAAACUCAUCAGUAAGUUUAACAGCAGUACUCCAGGCAACGCCUCGCCCGGCACGCAGAGUCAAACCAGAGGGCGCUCUGGAGCACGAACACGGCUUCAAUUUGGUGAGCGAAAACGUUCUCACAGCUUGGAUGCCCGCAAGGAACAGGAAGAGGAGCCUCCUUCCUCACCAACCAUAAACCCCUAUGCUUCUAUUGUUACCUCCGCCACAGUCUCCACUCUUAACUCUCCCAAACCUACAUCCUAUAGCAGUCUUGGGCGAAGCUCAGCUUCUGUUGCCAAGGUACCUGCCGUUCCUGCCGUUUCAAAGCCAUCUACAUUCAAUCAAUCACCAAAGAACUUUCUUGCCAAGGAAAUGCCACCUACCAUACCAAAGAAGCUGAUGACUCCGGAUAUUUUGAAGAGCCAAAGUGAAAGUACCGAUUUUGUGAGUGGAGAAGAAGUGCAAGCCAAACAAGCCAUCUACAACAUUCUCAGAGAAGGUUCUACUGAGAGCGAGGUGUCCCUGAGACGCAAAACCAGCCUCAUUCACGAGAAGUUCAGUGGGGUGAAGAGCCCUCAGACAACCACAGCAGACUUUAGUGUGAAUAGUGCACAGCAGCAGCUGGACCAGGCCAAGAGAGAACUGCAGCGUGCCCAAGACCAGUUGUUGGAACUGCGCAUGGAAAAGGAAGUGGUGGAGUCUCGUUUACAUCAGCAGGAGGAUCAGCUGGCGCAUCUGCAGGAGGAGCUGAGAAGAGUAUCGGAGAACACCACUGAAACUAGCUCACUGCAAACGGACUUAGUGACACUACAGGCCCAGCUGGCUGAGACAGUGCUGCUGCGGCAGAAACAAGAGGAAACCCUGCGAAUGAGGGAGAGGGAACUAACUGCCCUGAAGGGGGCACUGAAGGAUGAGGUGGCCUCCCACGACAGAGAAAUGGAGGCUCUGAGAGAGCAAUAUAGCCGAGACAUGGUGGCGCUUCAACAGAGCAUGGCACAUGUAUCACAGUCACAGCAGGAGAUAGAGGAGGAGCGACAGAAGGUGAAUGCCUCCAUUCUGGCCCUGGAAGAAGAGCUGGACAGUUACAGAGAACAGGGUGACCACUGGAAGGAGCAGAUGUCCUCAGUCAAACAAGAGCAAGGUCAUCACAGCGCAUUUCAAAAGCUGCUGCAGGCUCAGCAGGAGAAGAAAGAGCUUGAGGAGAAACUGCUGAGCAUAAAGACACAGACGUGUGAAACAGAUUCAAAGUCUUUAACUCAGGAGUUGCAGCAAUGUCGUGGUGAAAUGGAACAGGCACGUUUAAAACUUGAGGAGAAAAAAGCUGAGCUGGUGAAGAAGGAGGAGGAACUCAGGUCAAUGAAAAGAACCAGUGAAAACAAAGAACAGCAACUGAAGGCUGAGAUUGAAAAACUGAAGGACCAGUCAAAGAAGGACAAGGAGGAACUUCCCAAAGUGCUUCAGAAGACACAAGAGUCAUCAGUCUUGGCUCAGAAUGCUGUCACCACCAAAGAAAAUGCUCUGGAACUUCAAGAAGCCAACACUCGCCUUAGAGAGAGACUGGCCCGUAUGUCACGGCUGCAUGCCAGUGUUCCUGACAGCAGUAGUUUAGAAGCUGUUGAGGAGGAAAACCGGCGACUGCGGACACAAUUGGAAGAAGCACGACGUGAAGCUUCCCGACUGGGGCAGGAGAAAGAAGAGCUUAGUCGACGGUUGGAGGAGAGGGAGAGGGAGAGGGAAGCCCUGCGUCGGGGGAAAUCUGACUUGGAGGAGCAGAAGAGGCUGCUUGAUCGAUCACUGGAGAAGAUGAACAAAGAGAUGGAGAUGAUGAUGGGGGAUUCCCGCCAGUCAGUGCAGAUGCUACAGUCUCAGCUGGAUGACUAUAGGGAUCGCUCUCGCAGAGAGCUGCAGGACACUCAGAGGCUGAGCAAGGACCGGCUGGCUGAGCUACAGCGGAUGCAGAACAACCUCAAAACAACACAGGAAGAGGUGUCACGUCUGAAGAAGGAGCUUCUAGUGUGUUCUGAGGAGAGAGACGCUGCUCAGUUGGAUAAGGAGUUACUGAGUAGUCGUCUCAAGCACCUGGAGAGUGAGCUAGAAACGGAGAGGACCUCCCAGACAGACCGCAGCAGAGAGAUACGGCUGCUAGAGGACAAAGUGAAGACUUUGGAGAUUGAGCUGGACGAGGAAAAGAGUGGAACAGAGCUAUUGAAUGACCGCAUCACACGCACCAGAGAACAGAUGGAACAACUCCGCUCUGAGCUAAUGCAAGAGCGUUCAGCCAGACAUGAUCUUGAAAUGGACAAGAGUUCACUGGAACGACAGGUUAAAGAGCUGAAGACUCGUAUAACUGAUAUGGAAGGUCAGCCUCGACCAUCUUCUGGAAUGACGAUGCUGGAGAACAAAAUUCAGGAGAUGGAGGACCGAUUACGCAGUGAAGAAAGGGAGAAGAGCAGCAUCCUAGCAGCCCAAAGGAGAAUGGAGAGAAAACUGAAGGAUGUUAAUGCCACACUGGACCAAGAGAGAAACCAGCAUGCUGAGCAGAGAGACCAGCUUUCCUUGCGUGUGAAGGCUCUGAAGAGGCAGGUGGAUGAGAGCGAGGGAGAGGUGGAGAGGUUGGAAGGGGUGAGGCGGAAGGCUCUGAGGGAGCUAGAGGAGCAGCGGGAGCUGAAGGAGGCGCUGCAGGCCAAAGUCAGCAUGCUGGAAAACGAACUGAAGAGGAAGGUUCAGCAGACGCGGCGUCCAGCUCUGGGGUCCAAUUUGAGCUCGGAGGACGAGGAUGGAUAUUUUGAUGCCAACAGCAUCACAUCCAUCCUGACAGAAUCUCAGCUACAGACUACCAACUGCUAAAGUGAGAGGAACAUAUGAGGAGGUAGGGAGACAGAACAGAGAAAAAGUGAGAAAGGGUCACUCACUUCUUAUUGAGUUGAAGGACAGUUGUUUAUUUCUUGAGCAAUGAAGAGAGAGUGUUGAUAGAAGUCCUCAGGUUCCUAAAUAAGAUGCUACUGUGGCAAGUUUUCUGUCUGACCUUUAGACUUUAAGUAGUGUACCAUUAUUCAAAUUGUAUCACAUGGACCAUCUUCUUUUUGUUCCUUUUGAAGCUAUGAUUAAUUUUGAUAUAUUUAACAUGUUAGAUUUAAUUCAGUGAAGAAGACACCUAGCAUUGCACGUUAGGAUUCCUAUAAUUUCUGUGCUUUUUGUGUAAAGCUACUAUAAAAAUGUUUCUGUUAUUUUUUUUCCUGUUCAUGCCUACUGAAAUGUAAAUUUCAGCUGAAUAAUAUCAAACGAAUGCCUUAAUUCUGUAAGGGAAACUUGAGACCACUCAGAUCCUAAUGUAAGGACACUGAAGUGGUUUAAACAUGAAACACUGAAGUGAUCCCAUGGUCCUUCAGAACUGAAAAAUGAAGAGCUAAAUGAAGUUCACCUGAGUUUAAAUUGAUUCAGGUUAAGCCUGUGAACGUUGUCACUUUCACUGUGUAAAAGCUGGAAUUUUGAUGCAGCUAGUUUGGCACAAGAAUGCUGUAGUAAAAGUAGCCUUCAGUAUUUGUUUAUUGUGACUUGCUAUGUGAAAAAACACUUUUUAACCAUACAAAUUUAAUGUACAUGGAGGAGCAGCUCUGCUGACAAGGAGAGGUUUCCUGUAAUCUGUUCAGCUGUACAAUUAAAGGUCAUUUCUCCCUGG